CGCUCCCUGCCCGGCUCGGGUUACCUGGGCGGGCCGCCGAGCGCCUGUUCCCGUCUGGCCCGUCCCCGCAGCGCCGGGAAGCGGGUCGGAGCGGCGGCGGCGGCGGCGCUGCCGGACGCGGACAUGGGCGCUGCUGGCCCCGCGGGAGCCCGGCUCUUCCUCGCCCUGACGCUCUGCCUAGCGGCCGGGGCCGCGGAGCCCGACGGGCGGCCAGCAGGAAGAAAAGUUCUCUCACCUCCAUCCAAUCUGCAUUAUUCAUUUGGUCAGCUCUGUAAACUGAAAUGGACAUGGAAUCCUGCAGAGGGCAUUAGCAGUGGCUGUGAUCUAAAAUAUUGCAGUGAAAUUUUGAUUAAUGGCAUCCCGCAAGAUAACCGAGAAUGGACUAAGAACCUUUUUCGUGAGGAAGAUGUAUCCUUGAAUGAGGAGGUUCAUUUCAGAGUGAGAAGUGAAUGCAAAUUUGGUAAUACAAGUGAACUAAGCAACUGGGUGGAGAUUUUUACUACACCAAAAGGUGCUGCAGGCACUGCUGCUGUUGGCAUAAAUUGCACUUGGUACGACUUAGAGUACAUGAUCUGUACAUGGCUUCCUGGACAGAAUGCAAGUGCUAGUACCAACUACACUCUGUAUUACUGGUAUGAAGGCCUGGGACAUCACCAGCAGUGCCAGAAUUAUAUCUAUGGCGGUAACUUUGGAUGUAAUUUCAGUCUUUCAAUCCCAAAUUGUACAAAUGUCUAUCCAACUAUCAGUAUUUUGAUCAGAGGCAACUCGGAGGAAAUUAGGCCUGUCUGUGCAAACAAAAAUCCAACAACAAUUGUAAAACCUGGACCUCCAAGGAUUGUAACAGUAUCAAUGAUCAAAGAUGAAAUACAUUUAGAAUGGCAAAAGCCAGGCACCUUUCCAGCACAUUGCUUAGUUUACCAAGUAGAACUUAAAGACAGCAAAUCGGACUCCCCUCAGCCAUAUAAUUUUAAAAAGUUCACUAAAGCUCGGUUUCCCAGUGUUCAUCCUAACACUGUGUACAUCAUCAAAGUGAGAGCAGGAUUUGAAGGAACAUGUUACAGCAGCAGUCUAUGGAGUGACUGGAGUGAGGAGAAGAGCAUUGGUGAAAAUACAGACUUCACAUUUUAUAUUGUUUUAAUACUCACUAUUCCAUUAACAGUAGCAGUCGCUACUAUAAUUCUACUAGUGUACCUGAAAAGGCUCAAGAUUCUAAUUUAUCCACAAAUUCCUGACCCUAGAAAAAUUAUUAAACGUAUGUUUGGAGAGCAAAUUGAGGACUUCCAGGGCAGUCUGGGGGAUGACUUUUUGAAUGUCAAUAAACCAGCUGUAGAAGAGGAAAUCUCCUCUUUAGUUUGGCUAGAGAAUCCAGAGAGCUCCACAUUUGAAAAUGAGGACCAAGAAAGACCUGCUUUACAAGUGAAAGCCUUGUGAGGAAGACUUCUUUGUUGCAGUUUGUUUACCUCAGAGGAUUUCUGAAUAUUGACAGUGACUGGUCUGCAAGGCAGACACCCACAUUCCAUUCAGCAAACCCCUGCUGAAAACUCACCUCUCUGGUGACACUUGCAAGAUAAAAUGUUGACCGUUGCCACCUUCCAUCUCUAAAUGUACUAAAAAUGCUCCCAGAGCCGCCAGGAUAUGCAUGUACAUAAAGCAUGGGACUGGCCCCACCGCAGUGCCCCUCCUCCUGCCUAGGCUCAGUUCUUCCGACUACUUGCCUUUCUUACUUCUGCUCACACCUCACACUUGGACUGUAGGCAGUUUGAAGCAAGAACUGGUUCUUCUGUGAAGCACCUUGCUCAGCUUGGUGAGAAGUAAAACAAUAAACAACUUGUUUACAGCUUGUCACUGCUGGGACAUAGGAACUGCCAGGAGAUGGGAUGGACCAUUUAGUCUGGCAUCCUGUCUCUAACAGUGGCCGAUUCCAGACUCUUCAGAGGAAGGUGCAAUAAAUCUUCAAGAGUAUUUAUGGAAUAACUAUCUGGCUAUAAAGGAAGUUUCUCCUAACGCCUCCAGUUAGUGGCGGCCGAAACCAAAGAGGAGGAUUUAUAUCCUUCCUUUAAAAUGUAUGUAUAUACACAAGUCUCCUAGCAUAAGUGGAUGUUAUCACUAACCACACAAGUGUUUAAUCCUUUUUGAGUUCUACAAAGUUCUUGGCCGCUAAUAUCUUUUUGAUGGUGAGUUUCAUCAGUUAAUUAUACUCUGUUUAAAAACCACUGCAGUCUCUCACUUUAAAUGUGUAGCCUUUCAGCUGCUGCUGCUGGGACUGGUUCUCUCCAUGUAGCCCUGCGUAACGUCCCAGGCUGGGGGGAAGGUGAAAGCCCGCUUCUUGGGAGUAAGCUUCGCUCUUCCCCCUGGUUAACAUAGUGAAGCUAUUUUGUUCUUGGUUUUCUCCUCUGAGAACUCGAAAGCUAUUUAAAAGAAGUAGAGGCUGACUUUAUUUCACGCUGUCUCUGCUGAUGGUAUUUAUCUUUAGUGAUUGUACAUCCAUAGACUUUUAAGGUCAGAAGGGACCAUCGUAAUCACUAGUUGAUUGUUCAUAAUAUUCUCCUUAGCUGUGUCUGAGGUUGUUUUCGCCAUGCUCUCCUGUUGUAAAUUCUAAGCAUAACUUAAUGUGUGCUUUUAUGCUUCAAGUAGGGUUACUUUCUGGCCAUUCUUAUGCCUCCUAAAGAUGGAGAGAAAGAACUGCAAAAAAAAAUCAUAUCAGCCGGCCUUACGUGGUGGAUUAGGGAUUUUCUUUCUC